GUGCAGGAGACCAUAAGGGAGGCCCUGGAGAUGAUGACCACAGAGACAGGUGCCACAGCUGACCCCAUACACCUGGGAGACUCAGCCUCCAGCAUCAUGAAUAAAGUUCAGGAAAUCACUGGAGAGAUCCCCCAGAAGCAAUUAACGGUUGAGGACCUCCGCAGGAUGAGGGAGCCCGUCAAGAGGCUGGUGCAGGCUGGUCGGGUGGUGGCCGUCCAGGAAGACCAAGAUGGCCGCCGCUCCGCCAGGAUAACUCUACAAGACGGACAGCUGUACCUCUACUCACUCCUGCGUCAGCCCACGCCCGCCCACGCCCACACCCUCCAGGAGAGUGAGGUUGUGGGCAUGCUGGAGCCCUCCUGCACCCUGGCGUUCCUUGACCUCGGGUGGGCGGGGUCAACAAGAGGGCGGGUCACCAUCCGGCUGAUCCCUGACACUCCGCUGGCCAGACAGUUUGUGUUGUUGUGUACGGGCCAGCGGGGCCACACCUACCGCAACACUAAACUGUUGCAGAUGUGGAACAAGGGUCGGCAGGGGGAGCGUGUGGUGGGCGGAGACUACGAGACUAAUGAUGGUAAGGGAGGAGCCCCACUGCUGCCUGACCUCCAGGGGCAGUACCGGGAGUCAGGCCAGGCAGGAGCUGUGUUGUCCUGGUGGGGGCUGGGGGGUCCCAGGAGUGCCCAGUUCGUCAUCGCCACCAGGGACCGCCAGGAUGGUCGCCAGUGGCCAGAUGUGUUUGGUGAUGUGGUGAGCGGCCUGGAUGUGGUGAGGGCAGCAGUCAACCACAGUGACAUUACAGAGGUGACUGUGGUGGACUGUGGUGUUGUGCUGCCACUCUAGUUCACUGUACCAUCACCAU